AUGUCUAGGACCUCUCCAAGGCCAAAACAGUAUUCCCGUCAAUAUGAUAUUACUAAUGGUAACUCCAACUCUGUUGCCAAAUCCAUUCAUCGCUACGCUCAGGAAAAUGAUUCCUAUCGUAAUUAUCGCCAUCGCAGUCGUCAUUCACAAGAACGUAUUAAGAGUAUCUAUGGCAACCGAAAAACCCCCAAAGAAGUGUAUCCCAACUCUAGGCAUCGUUCACGUCGAUCCAGCGGCAAUGGUUCACCCGAUUGUCUUGUCAGAAAGUCUUCUCGGCGAGAUUCAAACAAUCAGCACCGCCACUCCUACUCUAAGUCGCCCCGGAAUCGACAUCGACGUGUGAAUAAGAGGUCAAGUAAGGCCAAAGAGCGUUCUUCCCUAUCGUCCUCUUCCCGCAGUUUGCGCUCGAUUAUGGAACCCAAGGUUUCAGGCCGUGUUACAAUAAGUGCAGAAUCCCCUGAAAGUUUUAUCCCAUUUCUUGUGGCCUCACCGAUCUCCCCCAAUCCUUCAUUCGGAAAUUCUCUUUUUGAUCAGAAUUCUGAUCAACCAAAGAAUCCGAUUUCAAUCCCCCCGGACGAAGUUUACACACCGGAAGACUUGCAUUUGUUGCUCAUCCCCGCCUCCUCUUCAGCUGUGCUCCCUUUGGUAGCAGGGCAGAAAACAGUGGCAGAAUUGGAUGACGCAGGAGUGAUAAGGACUGGGGUGAGAUUGCAUGAAGGGGGCAAGGAGGAAGAUGAAGAGGUUGUACCGAUGGACCUGGCUUCCAGCCCUUUUCCUCAUCGUAGUCUUGAGCCUAAUAAAGGACCCAUCCACCAACCCUCCACUCCACCACCUCAAAACGAACCGCCUGUUGAGCCUAAAAAGCGAAAUUCUUUUACGGAUGAAUCAUCGAUGACUGGUCCCUCUGCAGGUAUCGAAGUCAGCAAAGCUACCAAGGCUCAUAACGAACGAAUGCGAAGUAAACUAGUGCCGGCGAAACGGAUCACAUUGCCGCCCUUGCAUCUGCACCUGUCGGAAGACGGGACUUCGCCGCUCCCACCGGGGUGGCAGCGGGCGCCAAAUCCAGCAGCUGCGCAGGGUGGCGAGGACGGCGGCUAUCCUUACUAUUACUACCACACAAAGACGCGUAUCACACGCUGGGACCCUCCCGUCUAUCCUUGGGACGCCGAUCCCGAGGACAACCUCAUCCCCGACAGACCUGAUGAUGACCCCGAGGCACCCUAUAACUGGAACUGCGCGCACCGCUAUGCUGUCACUCACGAGGAGAUUGAAUUAAUGUACGCACAAUAUCGAAGUCGCAUGCUCGAGCGUCAGUGCAUGGAGUUGAUACAUGAGAUGGGCGCUCGGCCAGAUGUUCCUCAGGGCGCACAAGAACAAAGCUUCGCUAUUGAGCUUUUUUCAUUCAUACACAAUGAACUGCGAAAAUUCAGGGAUGCGAGAGUGGAUCUUGGUAGGAUCACAAGCGAUGAAGAUCUCCAUCACCUCACAAAUAAGUUAGCUCAAGAAGUCAUUCCGAAGGAGAUUAGAAACCUCCACCGGGCCCAGCAGGCGAGUGCCUCAAGUCUCUUUGCUGCGGUUGUUCCCGAGGUGACUCCAGGCAUACGGGAGCGGGUGUCAAGCUAUGUGCGUCGUUAUAUGGAGUCGAAGGGACUGUGCUGUCGCAGGUCCGUUCUCCACCACCACAGUCACCAGCACCAUUAUGGCCACUAG